GUGCUUCGCUCCAUUGAAUUACAGGAUGGGCUAGUUUGUUGAAUUUUUCGUUCUAGCAUUACGCGACUCUUCAUUUGUCUUUGUCACACGACAAACCUAACGUAAAUAAAAGCUGAGCUCAUUUGAACGUUCUGCCGACGAAGAUGAGAUAAAAAAAUGUCGAAGGCAACCGAGCGGGAGUCUACCGGCCAGCUAGGCGUGAUUCCCAAGCGCAAGAGUUCUGGCGCCCUCUCGCACUUCACCUACCUGUUCUUCUACGCCUUUGUGACUGGCGUAACUUGGAGGUUUCUGUACGCGUGGGCCGCGGAAACAACGGAGGUUGAGCAUGCCGUCAGUAUGCCGAAGGCCGACGAGCGGGCCGUAAUCUCAUGGACGUUCGUUGUCUUCGACACUCUGCUCUUUCUGCACAUUCUAUUUUCCCGCGGAACCGUUUCCCGAAACGGAUCGUUUCAGUGGAUCUGCUACUGCUGGAUCAAUGCUCCGAAAUACACUUUGUUCUACUUCGUAAUCAUGCCGUCCUUGCGCAGCAAACAAGGCGUGUUUGGACCGCAGGUGAUGACUUAUUCCGUCGCGAACUUUGCCAUCAUCUACGCGCUCCUCAUGUUUCGCUCCUUUACCGAACUGCACGUGGGUCGGAAGAUCACUAUCGACACCAUGAUGCACACCGAUAUGGCCUGGCACUGCACCGUGGAUUUCGUGGACGUGAUUCACAUGUUCGACUUCGCGCCGGGCCAACGGGGGAAUAGUGCUAUCCAGGUGCAGCGACCCUAUGGCCAAGCCCCGCUCGCGGAGGACGAAGCGGUAGGCAUGGAACUGGACACGUUUUACGGUAUACCGACGGGUCAGGCACAGGCCAUGAGUACCGCAGCCGGUAUCUUCAUAUGUUGCGCCCUGUUUUUUCAUCAGCAGUCUUUUCCUGGCACUCCGUGGCGACAAGACCCGUCGGAGGAGCUCUACCGCGCUGCCACCAGGACGGCGCGGAGCGGUGGUGCGGCGCCGGGUUCUUUGGCUCGACCGGGCGGCCUGGUUGCUUCUGCGGCCGCGAACGCCACUAAAACCGUGGGGAAAGCGAAGCGGGGCCUGUUCGCGCCGGGGCCAUUAAGUCAGGUGCACGGCGUGAACAUGAUGAAGGCUCGGAAGCGCAGUGCUCUGGUUUCCAUCCUUUUUGUCGAUCUGCCAUUCCUCAUCUUGCGCGGUUUGCACUACUACCUAUCGCCCGAAGAGACGCGCUCGAUCGAGACACUGACGCUGAAAAACUUGGUGUGUCUCAUUCUGCAGGCAGUCGCGUUACAAGCCGUCCAACAGGUGGAGCUGCAGAGCUCUGCGCUGGUGGAAUCUCUACAGGACCGCUCGUCAUUAGUAAACCGCGGUGGAGAAGCUACUAACGCACGUACGAUCCGGCUCCAGACGACCACCGCGGCAUGGUUGACGUCAGCGACGUUGCGCUCAUCUUCAAGGAAGAAUCAGGUGCAGCAACCUCACGCUGGUGCUCUGCUCUCCCCACCUGACACGGCCGCUGCACCACCCGAAGCAUCUACAGCUCCUGUUGACCAGACGUCCUCUUCGGGCGGAGGGCCACUUCCCCGCAGUUCAGCCGGUGGGAACGACGCGCGAAGCGGCACGGUGGAGGUGCCAAUGGACGAUCAUACGGACACGCGGUCGAAGCGCAGUGAGUUCGCGGUCUUCGGCGGUGCAGAGGUAGUUCAACAUCAGGCGCCCGCUGCUAACACGACCCCCGCCCCUCCGGCAGCGCGUCGUUUUAUCGCGGCGCGGUGCUGCCUCUGGCUUCUAUGCUGUUGCGGACGCGGCUGGGCAAGGGCAACGCGCUUCUGGUUGUGGCAGCUGCUGGUUCUGACCACGGCGUUUCUUGGUGGGUACCUGUGCAGUGACCACAGUUACGAGGAAGACCGAUUGGUGGUACUCGAUCAAAAGAUGACGCUGUAUGACCUAUCCGCCACGUAAAGGUGGAUGCGGACGACCCGACGACGACGCAGCGCGAGUGAUCUUGGUACUAUACCUUUGUAAGUAUUUAUUCGUCGUUUAAACUCAAAAAAUGAGCUGCUUCUACAGCAAAAGAAUCUGAUCAUCUCCUCGUGUUGCAAACACCAGCAACUGGCAGUGCUCUUUGUCCGCUUCUGACUUAAAUGAUGUGGUCGUAAGUUUUAUUGUCGUCGGUUCGCAUGUGCAAGCUAGUGUCGGUCCAUUUAUAAUCGUACCAGUCUUGGAACUCUUUUCAACCCUUCCGCGAAGUACUCGGUCAUUCGUAGGUAAAAGUGUUGUCGGUAGUUAACGUUUUUCUGUCGAGUCAGCAGCAAUCACGCAAAAAGAAGAAACCUUUUCAGAAGUAAAACUUAAAGUUUGUGGACCUAUCGGUCAAAGAACGACACUACUCGGUAAGAAAUAAUUAGCAAUUCAUGAACAUGAUGAGAGCGAUGCAAGGAUAUCAAAAGUGGCGACAUUCUUCACAGAAUGACUACACUAAAACACGAACAUCAGGCCCCUGAUUAUCCUAGUGAUGCACCUCACAAUAAUCAAGUCUUGAACCAAGGCAAGAAACCAAUCGUGAUUUCUACUUUACAGCACCGGUGUUCAGAGCUCGGGACCACAAAGUUCGAUGCGUAUCCAGGUCCUCAAACAAUGUGACGAACUCCAAUUAGUCGUGUACCCCCUCCACCUUCGAAUAGGAAGACAAAACGCAAGUCGUUAAUGUUUUCCGCACCAAUUGAUAGACGGGAAAAUUUCGUCGCAAGUAGUACUCCUAUUCUAUAAUCUAGUACUAGAAGGAUCCUUGGAUUCUCAAACAGCGAAAAUAAUAAUUACCUACAGCAUCAAUAAUGUUUGUUCAGGCGGGGUACCCGACCAGCAACUUUGUGGUGAAAAAGCCACACUCGCAGC